UGUCUGUCUGCACAGGAAGGGACCGGUGGUGAAGUCUGCUGCUCACACUAAAGCCAUAUGCAUGCAGCUGUUUUAUUUAUGCAACACAGACCUGUUGUUAUUAACUGUUAUUAGUCGAACCCCGCCCCCCCCGGGUCGUCGCCCUGCUCCGCGUGCUUUCAGUCCAAUAUCUCACCUGUUGCCGCCGACAGCAGCUCUCACUGUCUCUCUGUCUCUCUGUCUCUCUGCUCCAACACGGUUUCCUCUAUCAAACCAGACCAGGUGGAGAUUAAAGAGCAGCAGGAAGGAGGAUAUAACGUGUCUGUCAGCUCCACAGGAACUCAACGCUACCCUGACCGCUGGGUCUGAAAGUGAAAGCGCUUUAAAAAGUUUGCCGAAGUGACGUUUUAUUCCGCGGUUCCUCUCUUUAACGUCGUCCCGGGCUUUAACCACUAUGAUAUGAACCGGAGGACCCACAACAACACGGAACUGUCAACGUUUCCCAGAAAUGCCCCAACAUAACAUGGAGAGCACCAGGAGCCCGUGGCAGCAGCUGCGGCCGCCGUGGAUCACCAGAGUGGCCGGAGGUCAGAGCCCCGCCUCCUCGGGGGCGGAGUCGGACACGGAGAGCAGCAGCACGGAGAGUGAGAGGUCCUGCGUUAAAAAGCUGGAGAUGGGCUCACUGAGGGUCCUGCCGUCGUCCUCAAUGCUCCAACAGCGAAUCACAGAGAUCGACCAACAGAAGGAGGAACUAAAGAUCGAGCUGCAGCUGGAGAUCGCCCUGCUGCAGGGAGAGCUGCAGACGGAGAAGACCCAGCUGGACAGACGCACACAGAAGCUGCAGGCUCUGCAGCAGGAGGCCAGACAGAAGGGGAAGCCCAGACGCACCGACAGACAAAAGGAGCGAGAGAAUCUGGAGGAGGAAAGACGCAGGGUGGAUGAACUGAAGGGGAGGUGUGAGGAGAAGGAGAAACUGAUCCCCAGUCAGCCGGAGAGCCAGAGAGAGCAGCUCACACUGCAGCUGCAGCAGGAGAAAGAGGCGAUGGAAGCGUCAGUUCGGGCCUUUGAGGACUGGGAGUUCCGUGUUCUGGAGCAAGAGAGCGGCAUCGAUGAGGAGGACGAGAGCACGGCGGACGAAGAGAAGGAGGGAGAGCGUGCAGGGGAGAUGGAGAAGGAAAUCUCGCGUCAGCAGCAUGCGAUCAACGCGGCGCAGGAGCGAGUCCAGCAGUUACAGAGAGAGCUGAAGGAGAUGGAGAGGGAGAAGGAGAGGGAUCUGAACGCCUUGAGGAAAGAGAGGAGAGACCUCGUCCACACAAGUCAAACGGUUCUCAAAGAGAAGAAGCCGCUCGCCGAUUGGUCCAAUAUCACCGGCUCAGCCCCCUGCAUGAUGUCACUUUCCCCUCUGACCGUUCACAAGCCUCCUCAGGAUCCAUACAAAGAAUCUGCCAGUUUGCCCAGAAGACGGAGCUCCUCGCACCGCAACAACAAACUCAACGACAGGCCGAUGUCAGCACAGGGGUUGGUGAGGAUGCUUCCAGACAGCCAGACCCCAGAGGCUUUCACUUCCCCCCUCUCCUCCCACAGGCUCAGCAACGGGCACAGCGGCGGCCACAGACACGGGACCAACAACGGCGGCGGGUUCCUCACUCCGUGCAACAGCGCAACAAGCUCCCGCGCUGCCAGCCCGUGUCUGUUGGAUCUUGUUGAGAUCGAGAAGAAACUGAGGGAAGCCAAGGCAGAGAGGGAGAGGCUGCUCAGAGAGAGGGAAGAGCGACGGUGGUUGCUGUUGGAGGAGAGAAGGCAGAAAGAGCUAAACUCUCCCAAAACAGAGCCACAGGAGCCAGAGAGCCCACAAAGACCAGAACCAGAACCAAAGGAGCAACCAAAGGCCAGUACACCCCUAAACUCACCAGAGAAGGCCGUCCAGCGGAGCAGCCUGCCCCUCUUCCUCUCUCCCAACUUUAACCUCCGGGCCCACGUGGAGUCUCUGGGUCACGGAGUGACCGGCUGCCCGGACCUGCGGAUGACGCCUCGACGCUGCGCGGGCUUCCUGACCAAACGAGGGGGGAGGGUCAAGACCUGGAAGAAGAGAUGGUUCCUGUUUGACAUGGACCACAGACGACUAGCCUACUAUACAGACUGUGAUGAGAGGAAGCUAAAGGGAGUCAUCUACUUCCAGGCCAUAGAAGAAGUUUACCUCGACCAUCUACGAACAGCCACUUCUUCCCCGCGGCCCAGCCUGACGUUCUGUGUGAAGACGUACGACCGUCUCUUCUUUCUGGUGGCUACCAGUCCCGUUUGCAUGCGGAUUUGGAUGGAUGUCAUCGUCACGGCAACAGAUGAGCACAGCCGUUACUGACCUCUUGCAUACGUGACUGUAAAAAAAAACUUGAGUGAAGCUACUGAGCGGACGCUGGCAGGGAGUCAUUUCCCCGUCUGAGGGGCUGAUUCUGUACCUGGACUCAUGAAUCUGUGGAUGAAGUGUGUGUGAGAUGCAGAGGUGCAGAGGUUCGAGAUGCCGAACAGAUGUGCUCUAACAGAUGUGCCUGAACACAGCGGAGGAAACUGUUACUUGAUGCUUGAGUGGCGGCAGAGGUUCACUGCAGAACUAGCUGCAAACCACAGCACCAGCCUGCACACUGGAAGUCUGUUACUGGGAGGGUUUCACUCUUUGAGCCUGACCUCCCCCUGCUGGUCAGAGUCCAGCAUUACAGGACUGGUGUGAACUACACUACAACACACUACAAAAGGGGGGUGGACACAAUAAUAGCAACACCUAUACAAUAUGAUGCAAUCCAAUUACAACAACCCAGCAAUAAAUAUAUACGUUAUUAAUGUGCCAGGGGUCUUGAUUUGUGCCGAUGUGAUAACUUUUUGUAUUUUGUGUUGGAUUGUUUUAUAUUGUCGGGUGUUUCCACUAAUAUGUCCAUAUCCUGUGUCUUUGUUUUCAUAAAUUACAUUUUCAUGAAGUAAGUUAUUAUUUGGAAAUUUAUAUGGGUUUGAUAUGCAAAUAAAUGAAGAAAAUACACUGUUAUGAAUGCACUAUUAAAUGUUUAUUCAUAAAACAAAA